AUCCAGCUUGUGAUCUUUUUUGAGCACACUUGGCGUCUUUGCCAGUCGCCGCCGCUCUAGUGUUUGGCGGGGCCGCUGGACCCCUGUGAUGUCUGCAGACACUAUGAGCCACUGAAAGGCGCGCUCAGAUGACCAGGACAUCUUUCACCACAUCCAUCAGACAUGAGGCACAAAACAGCUCCUGGUGAGCAAAUUGCUACUGGCCAUCAGAAAACCACCAGCACCUCCAAGUCACUCACAUCUGCUACCCAGAACAGUAAACGCACAGGUUCACUUAAGACCGCCUAUCAAACUCCGACCACCCAGUCUCCCACACUAGAUGAAAAACCAUACAAUGACGCCAUCACAUCUACCGACACAUACACAUUCAAGAGUGCUUAUGUAUUACUUGCUUCAGGCAAAGAUAUUAACCUUUUCAACGACAGCCCCACUCGGCAAAGUUUAGGAAAGGAGGAUGCGGUUGGGCUGAGACAAAAUGACACCGGAGGAGACUCACAAACCAACAGGCGAGGCACAGUACUCUUUAUGGCAUUGUUCAAGAGACUUAACUCGUCAUUAGAUAUACAUGAAAUCCUGAAAACGCUGGAAGUACAUGAGAACAAAAACCUCCACUCGCCUGUGCAUGCGCUCCUCAAGUUGCUGAUUGUCUCACACAACAAGCCUCUUGUGCAUUCAGCUAAGUCGUCACGUCUAAGUCUAAUCAAACCGAUUGACGUCGUAGCAGGCUUGAACAAGCUCUCUCUAAAGUAUUAUAAUCAGCAACUUAUCAUGGGUGAGCAGCAAGAUGUAAGACGUGACCAGGAAAUUAUUCAUCCCACCCGUAAUUUAUCCCGGUUAUAUCGCUUCCGGUACUACGCGAUUGCAUGGAUUUUUGUUCAACUAUUCGCCCACUUUCUGGAGGAGAGAGAACGAGGGGAACCACGCAUUGUUGUGAUACAAGAGGAGUUAAUCUUCGUAUUAGCGAGGCUUUUUCUGCUGGGAGCAAGAAAUUACGGCAGAAGAGUGCCAAUUUCUGGCGGACGGAGUGGUGGAAGCGGUUGUUCAAUCGGAGGCAUGCAAAGCGGGAAUUCCGACGAGCUUCUUCAAGGGGGGCGA